AAGGCUGCGGGUCGCCGGAGGUGGCAGGAGUUCAGAAGUUUUGGGAGCCUAGGCCUGAGAGAGGUCAAGUGUCAGUGCAGAGCCAGGGAGGAGAUGGUGAAGCAGACGAUCCAGAUAUUCGCGAGGGUGAAGCCCCCCGUCCGGAAGCAGCAACAAGGGGUACGAGCCAGAGCAGCCAGGGCGCCGGCGCAGCGGGGCCUCUGGGGCCGGGUGGGGCGGCACGUGAGGGGCAGGCCGGGACGAGGGACUCGGCGGCUGGCGCUGAGGCGGCGCGGAAUCCGGCACACAGUGACCGAGGCGCCCCCGCAGCCACGCAGACACCCUCGCAUGUUUGAAGGCUCAACCUUUAAAUAUUUACCAUUUUCACAUUGCAGAUUUCAAAGGAUUUUUGAUCAGGAGGCAAACCAAGAGACCAUUUUUGAAAACAUUGCCAAACCAGUUGCUGAAAGUGUCCUGGCAGGUUACAAUGGCACCAUCUUUGCAUAUGGGCAAACCAGCAGUGGUAAGACAUUCACUAUCACAGGUGGGGCAGAGCGUUACAGCGACAGAGGCAUUAUCCCAAGGACACUGUCGUACAUUUUUGAGCAGUUACAAAAGGACGGCAGCAAAAUAUAUACGACACACAUUUCCUAUUUGGAAAUCUACAAUGAAUGUGGUUAUGACCUAUUGGAUCCAAGACAUGAAGCCUCCAGUUUGGAAGAUUUGCCGAGAGUGACAAUAUUGGAGGACCCUGAACAGAACAUUCACCUAAAAAACCUGUCUCUUCAUCAGGCAACCACGGAGGAAGAAGCUCUAAAUUUGCUAUUUUUAGGAGACACCAACAGAAUGAUUGCAGAGCCACAGGUUAUCAUUGCUCUUUCAGAAAAACACCGUUCACACAUUCCUUAUAGGAACUCCAUGAUGACCAGUGUCUUAAGAGACAGUUUGGGAGGGAACUGCAUGACAACUAUGAUUGCAACACUCUCAUUGGAGAAAAGGAAUAUUGAUGAGUCUAUAUCUACGUGUAGAUUUGCACAGCGAGUGGCGCUAAUAAAGAAUGAAGCUGUUCUCAAUGAAGAAAUCGAUCCCAGAUUGAUGAUUAUCCGUCUACAGAAGGAAAUCCAGGAGCUGAAGGAUGAACUGGCCAUUGUCACUGGGGAGCGGAGGACAGAGGCACUCACAGAAGCAGAGCUCCUGCAGCUGGAAAAGUUAAUAACAUCCUUUUUAGAAGACCAGGAUCCAGAGAGUAGACUAGAGGUUGGCGCCGAUAUGCGUAAAAUUCAUCACUGUUUUCAUCAUUUAAAGAAACUAUUGAAUGACAAGAAGAUCCUUGGAAAUUGUACAGUCUCCUCUGAAAUCAAAGACCAAGACUGCCAAGAACCAUUAAAAGAGGAAGAAUAUCAAAAGCUACGAGAUAUUCUAAAGCAGAGAGAUAAUGAGAUCAAUAUUCUGGUCAACAUGUUAAAAAAGGAAAAGAAGAAAACUCAGGAUGCUCUCCACUCAUUCAGCAUGGAUAGAAGUGAAUUCAGACGCUCCCAGAACUCGCCCUUCCCACCUGGGAACCCAGAGGAGGGUCAGAGAAUGUUGCUGUCCUCAGCUGCCACACAAGCCAAGGACCUUAGCACUUUGGGGUGCAGAUCCAGCUUCCUCCACAAAAAAACAGGAAUGAGAGAGGAAAUGUCACUAGGAUGCCAGGAGGCUUUUGAAAUCUUCAAGAGAGACCAUGCUGACAGCGUUACCAUCGAUGACAACAAGCAGAUUCUGAAACAGAGAUUUUCUGAAGCAAAAGCCCUGGGAGAAAGUAUAAAUGAAGCAAGACGCACAAUUGGUCACCUGAAGGAGGAAAUCACCCAGCGGCACAUACAGCAAGUAGCCCUAGGGAUCUCAGAGAAUAUGGCCAUGCCGUCGAUGCCAGACCUGCAGGAAGAGAAGCUGCGAUCACAACUGGAAGAAGAAAAGAGAAGCUAUAAAACAAUGUUCGCACGCCUGAAAGCCCUGAAGGUGGAGAUCGAGCACUUGCAGCUGCUCAUGGACAAAGCCAAGGUGAAGCUACAGAAAGAGUUCGAAGCCUGGUGGGCAGAGGAGGCCAGCAACCUGCAGGUAAAAUCUCCAGCAGUGAAUUCACUGGAUCACAUGAAGCCAUUUCCCCAGACAUCGGAAUCCCAGCAUGACCAGUCCCAGCUUCUGUUUAACAAAAGUGAUGUAUAUACCAGGAAGAUCCUGCCCUCACCUGGCCCCAGCCCACGCAGCCAGGAACAGAGUCGCACCAGCACCCCCCUGGGAAACAGCAUCCCCGAGAGGCCGAUGUCCUCCGUCCCCCUCACCGGUGACAGCCAGACGGACUCCAACAUCCUGGCAUUCAUCAAGGCCAGACAGAGCAUUCUGCAGAAGAAAUGUGAGUGCACCUCCCUCAACAAGCCCACCUCCCAACAAAGUGCUGUCCGGGAUGCUCCGGGACCGUGUGAGGUGCAGAAUCACUUCCGAGAUGCCCAGACAGCCUCAGAGGAAUUCAGCAGCCACGAUAUUCCAGAGAAGAUGGGCUCCCAUCGCACCACCCCCAGGGGGGGCCACGCCUAA